GGUCAACACUGCAGUGUCAUAAAAGACACACUCUUUUCUUUUGUGGUGUUUUUUUCGAGCUCACAUUUCACUUCUAGAGCUCUGGGAAAGCUUUUCAUUUCGCAUUUUCUCGAACGAAAAUGGUGCGGUCAUUGUUAACCGCCAUUGUAGCGGCCGCUGCAGCUUCAUUAGUUGCGGCUGACGAUCCAGAUCCGAGCACUAUCCCCUUUAACGAAUAUGCUCGGGGGACAAACCAGAGUUUACUAUGGAACCCGUAUAGGCCCAAUGUCUAUUUCGGCGUCCGCCCUAGAAUUCCCAAAAGUUUUGUUGGUGGUUUGAUGUGGUCCAAGGUGGACAAUUUCCAAGAUGUCCAGCAUAGUGAGUUACAGUUGCUACACUUGUUGCAAAUAUGAUAAAUUAUUUGGAUGGAAGCUUUGGAGAGAAAAAAAGUGAAGGUUGACGUUGGCUGGAAAUAUGCUAAUUGCGUUUAUGCAGACUUCAGACAUACCUGCGAGCAAGGCGAUGACAUGAAAGGUUAUGGCUGGGAGGAGUUCGACGCAAGAGCUGGGGGACAGCAAACGAUUUAUGACGAGCGCAAUGGAAUUGAUCUUUCAACGAUGUUUGUAAAAACCCCAGGAGGAAGCCAUGGGGGAAGCUGGGCGACCCGUGUGCGAGGAGUGGUGAGGAAAGGCGGCCCACCGGAUUUGAAGACAACCGUGAUGUUCUAUGCAAGUUUGGAAGGAUUGGGAAGUUUGCAGCUUCAGAACGAAAACGAUCCCUUGGGAUAUACCGGCGAUGUUGUGCUGGCUGGAGAUUCCGACGGAUUGGGGACAUACAAAGUGGUGGUGACCGCGGGCAGAGGGCACCAUCCAAAACAUUCGCAUCCUUCGUAUGAGCAGAAGCCUUUGGACAGAACAAUUGUGCGAUCAGUUACGGCACCAGCAGAAGUUUUGUGGCAGGUUAAACCGAUUGUCUUCAAGGAACUCAAAGAACAAAUCGACGAGUACAUAGCAGAGUUCACGCAGGAGAACCCACCUCCACCACCCCAGGCAUACACCAUUAAAAACAAUGGCGAGGAUAGCAAAGGAACCGGAAACAUGCACUUGAUCCAGAAGGUUUUCGAAGGAAACUUUGAAUUUGAUAUCAUCUUUAACAGUGGUUCAGCGCCAAAGGAGCUCUUCAGUGAAGAUGUAACUGGGCACAUCAACCAAGCUUCCAAGAACUAUUGGGCCAGAUUCGUCACUACUUUCGAUCCAAAGCCUCCAUUUGAUGUGGAGAAUCUGCAGCGCUUUGCAAGUAGCAUGUUUGCCAAUCUUCUUGGUGGCUUGGGAUAUUUUCAAGGGGAUUCGGUUGUUGAUAGAUCAUAUGCCCCCGAGUAUGAUGAAGAGAACGAGGGCUUUUGGGAAGAGACUGCCGAAGCCCGUGCAAAGCAUCAAGAAGCCCUCGAAGGUCCAUCUGAAUUGCUCACCACUGUUCCCUCGCGACCAUUCUUCCCACGAGGAUUUCUGUGGGAUGAAGGCUUCCACUUGAUGCCUAUUGUUGAAUGGGAUUUAGAUCUUACUCUUGAAAUUGUGAAGAGUUGGUUCAAUCUUAUGGAUGAGGAUGGAUGGAUUGGACGUGAACAGAUUCUUGGAGCUGAAGCAAGAAGCAGAGUUCCUCAAGAGUUUCAAACCCAAUACCCUCACUACGCUAAUCCACCUACCCUCUUCUUCAUCCUCGACACUUUUGUUAGCAAGCUGGGUUCUCAUAACGGUACUGAACCUCCUGCAAAGGAGAAGCUAGGACCUCUCCUCAACUCAGAGCACCUCAAGAGCAGAGACCUUGCGCUUCAUUAUCUCGGUGAACUCUAUCCCAAACUGAAGAAGCAUUAUGAGUGGUUCCGCAAAACUCAAUCCGGAGAUCUCAAAUCUUAUGACCGCGAAGCCUUUAGCUCCAAGGAGGGUUACAGAUGGCGCGGACGCACACCUCAACAUAUUCUCACCAGUGGUCUUGAUGAUUACCCACGUCCUCAGCCACCUCACCCAGGAGAGCUCCAUGUUGAUUUGAUCUCAUGGAUGGGAAUGAUGACCAAGUCACUCAAAAACAUUGCUACCCUCCUCAGCAUCGAUGAAGAUAUCGCUGAGCUCAAGACUAUCGAGACAGCCAUUCUCCGUAACAUUGAUGAUCUCCACUGGAGUGAAAAGGAGAAGUGCUACUGCGACGCCACAAUCGAUGACUUCGAGGAAAAUGAACUCGUCUGUCACAAGGGAUAUAUCUCACUCUUCCCAUUCCUCACAGGUUUAUUGGACCCCGAGAGUGAGAAACUCGGUCACGUCCUCAAACUCCUUGGCGACGAGGAGGAACUGUGGAGUGAGUUCGGCCUUCGAAGUUUGAGUAAGAAAGACAAAUUCUAUGGCACAGAUGAAAACUACUGGAGGGGACCAAUCUGGAUGAACAUAAACUACCUUGCCGUCGUGCAACUCUUGGUACGCAACCCCCUCCUUCUUACCCGUAACACAACUAACAGUUCCACAGAAAUACGCCGAGCUCCCAGGACCUUCACAGGAACUUGCCAAGGAUCUCUAUGUCCGUCUGCGUCUUAACCUUAUCAAGACUGUCUAUGAUGGAUGGCAAGAGACGGGUUUUGCGUGGGAACAAUAUAACCCUGAGACUGGGAAGGGUCAACGUACUCAGCACUUCACCGGAUGGACGAGUCUUGUUGUCAAGAUUAUGGGGAUGCCGGAUUUGAGUGGUGGGAAGUAUGUUGCGGAAGGUAAGGAUGAGCUGUAG